ACAAAAUCGAUAAGGUGUUUAAAUCUGUUUUAAUUUUCUUCUCGUUUCUGUCUCGCAUUUCAGGUUCUUUGACGAUGUAGGUGUAUUAGAGAAAUAUCAACAAGAAGCAGACUGGUCAGAAUCAUGAUAACAGAAAUAGUGGUUUUGAUAGUGGUUGGUGUGGUGACCUUUGUUAUCUACAUAACCUGCAGAAGUAGACAAUGGACAUCUGGGUCUGGUGACUCUGUUAGCCAAAUAAAGGAACAGCCAAAGAUAACCCAUGAUGUAUUAAUGUCAGAACGUGACGUAUCUGGAGAAGUGGACAGAGAGGGCGAGGUCACAACCCAGAAUAUGUCCAGACACAUUCCAGACAGCACAGACGAUGACCGUGAUGAUGAUGAUGAUGAUGAUGAUGAUGAUGAUGAUGCUAUUGCUGAUGAUGCACGGAAAUGGGAGGCAAUGGCGGAAGUACCAAACACUAAAAGUGAUGAUAACCUUCCUACAGGACAAAACAUAUUCUGCAGUUUAUCUGAAAAAUCACUUUCCAAAAAGCCGUAUACUUUCUAUACGGGGGAAUACCAAUCAGCCGUACACUCUACAUCCAAGCAGCCGUACACCAUCCCCACGGAUGAAUGCCAAUCAGCCGUACACUUUACAUUCAAGCCGCCGUACGCGAUCCACACGGAGGAAUACCAAUCAGCCGAACAUUGGCUUCAGAGCUUCAUCGUCUAG